UUUCAAAGCGCGAUGUAUAAGUCCUGCGUUACUUUUGCGAUGAAUUAUUGUUUGGCAUUCAAAUUAACUUGGAUACUAUUCUAUCAUGUAUAUGCUCUGAAAGAUGAAUCUAACAAUCUACUCAACGGUUCUUCAGUUAGUAUCAGGAGAACUACUAACAGCCAUGUUAAUUUGUCAAUCCUUAAAUCCAAUUUACCUACAUUGGAUUAUGUUUUCACAUCUGUUAAUGUUACACCGAAAGUAAGUAGUAGAAAAGUAAAUAUAAAUUUGAUUUGUCAGUCAAAGCUUACAACAUCAAACGUCACCGUUAUUUCCGAAGAUAUGUCGACUACCAAACUUUCGAAUUCUACUAAGCAGUUGGAUAAAUUUUUAUCAGAGAAAACUACAGAGGUUAGACGUAUAACAACUGAAACGCAUACUAUCCAAGAGGAAGAAGUUGCUGAAAUCGAUGAGUUUGAAAAAAACAAAUUAGGCGAAAGCUCCAUCCAUUCAGGCGAUUCACAUGCUGAUCUAAUACAAGAGCCACGAAGAAAAGAUUCCGAAGAUAGUGGGCCACAGAUAGAUCCCGGACAGUCUAUAUUUGACAGAAAGCAUUCUACCGAAUCUGAGUCUAAAAAAUCCAAUGGAUUCAUACAUCAAGGCGACUCUGGUACUGUAGUUCACGAUAAAUUAUAUUUACCUUACCAUUUCAUGCAAUCCAUUUCCGUCAAUCCAUUAAUCUAUGAAUAAUCCCUAUGAAAAUCGUGACCAAUGCCGUUUUGAAGAUUCUACGGAAGAUUUGAAGAUAGUUUAUGAUGUAGCAGCCUCAUAUUAUUCACUUGAACCAUAUUCCUAUGCGAGCAUGUGAUAAUUUAAACAGAUACUCCCGAUAUAUCCGUGAGUUACGUCCUCGUACUAUGCUGCAUUCUAGUUGUGCUUAUUCUGUGCAUUUGGAAACCUCUUUGUCAUAUAUUGUACAAUAUAUACGGUGGGUGUUGUACACGUUCUCGUGUUAGUAGAAUUGAUCUGAAUAGCAAAGUGGCAUAUCGUCAUUUAAAUACAGAGGAGUUUUAAAUCCGUUGAUACUAUCAUUGGACAUAUCAUAUUACUUGUUGCAUUGGAUAUUUAUUCGUAUAUACACGAACAAUUUGUUUUUUUUUUACAUGUAUGCAUCACGCUUGUUCUUUUUCUCACUGUUCACAAACAUCUCUCACUUAGUUGUUGUUUAGAAUUCUUUUAUAUUCCUCUAAAUUAUUUUGUAUUUGAGUAUGAUAAAUAUAUCGUAGGUCAAAUUUGAUAAUUUUAAUCUUUAAUCUUCUUCAUCAUCAGUGUGUUUUCGAUUGUAUGCUAUUUGAGGUGAAUAGCUCUUUUUUAUUGGAGAAUUUUCAUAUGACGGAUAAAUGAAAGCAUUAGGUUCACUAUCAUAUUUGAAGUUUUGUUCUAAAGAUUCAGUUUGCCUGUCGGUUACACAUAGAUCAUCUACUUAUCUGACUAUACAAGCCAGAAAAGAAUUGACCGACCGGAAAAACCUGUUAUUCUUAAUGAUAAUUUCUUCAACACAUAUUAGACAAAUUUUGAGUAAAUGUGACUGUCUGUUUGAGAUUUUUUGUGAACCAGAUCUAUUCAGUUCUACUCAUCAAAUUCUUGUUAAUCGUGUAGAUUUUCUAUUAAAACUAUUUCAGUGUUGAGCGAAGAAAUUUCUUUUCAAUUAGUUUUUCAUCAUGGCUUCGCUCAAUUCGUUCCUUCUUUAUUUACCAAAUGGCAAAAUGGGAAUUUUCACUAUAUUUCAGUGUUGUAUAUUUCACUGGAUAAAAAAUGAUAUAGUAUGGUUCUGGUGCUUUCAUAAUAACCUGUCCUCUAUCUAUCAGCAAUCUUUCACAUACUGGUGCAUAGAAUGUAUUCGUUAAAUAAAUUUCAUACAUUAUUCGUCAUCAUCUUAAAACUAUCCUAAUUUAUUCCGAAUAAUCUCAGAACCGAAUCAUAUGAUUAUAAAUAUCCGAGUACAUUGUAUAAUUUAUGUAGUGUUCGUAAGUUGUCAAGUGACGCUUGAUCUACUAAUGUGAUUUUACUAAAAACGGAGAAAUUCAAUGUUGUCUUAAAUUUCUAUAUUAAUACUUGAGUGAUAAUUGUACUUACAAGUGUUAAUAAGUUUUUUUUUUUAUUUGCAAAGCUGAUGAAACGCUACUACAUCGUGAACUUUCAGCAAUCUUAAAAUAUUUAUGUUGCCUACUGGUAAAUGAGUUAAUUUAGAGGUAUGGUCAACAAAAUUCCUCUUAAAAAAGUAAUAAAGAGUUUAUUUCUACAUUGCUAACAAAUUUGUCAAUGUUUUUGAUAAGUUCUUAACUUUAAAAUCAAAAUUUUCAGCGCUUGAGUCUAGGUUAGUUUCUUCAUUAACUCUUUAUAAAGCCGUAAGUAGUUUUCCAG